AUGGCCGUCAGAAAUUCUGCAGAAGGUCCGCGGACUGUCCGGUACCGAGUACGCGUUCUGCCCGGACAGACAUUCCAUGCGGCUGUCUAUGUUAUCACGUCGGUGCACGUUGUGUCAGCCCCUCUAGCUGUGAAUGCGUUGAUAGCCUCCGUGCUUAUAUUCACGGGAAGGUUGACUAACUGGGAGUUCCGCGCUGCGAUAUCUUCUGCGGCCAUGAAUGCGUUCUCUUACGCUAGGCCUAAUGCAAUAUUUGCAGCGCUGCCGAAUAUGCUAUACUUGAUGAAGACGUCUCAGGCACCUUCCGUGGAUGGAUAUAUCGCUUCUACUCGCCUUCUCUACGUGUUCACCGCCGACACCGCACCCGAAGGGUCGGCAGGUAUUUAUGGGGGACAGCUACCGUAUCGAGAUUUCUCCCCUGGUCUAGGCGGUAGAUACGCUCAAGGCGGCUUACUCGCUCGCCCCAGAACCACCUCGUUCAAAGCAGCAACUGGUUGGCGACCCUCUUCCAACGAGAAUCUGCCUGUCGCCUCCACGCUCUUUACUUGGAUUCGCUCAAUUCCUUCCAUGGACUCGGACCAAGGCAGUACUCCACUCAACUUAAGGAAAUAUGCGUUCGUCUUGCAUUCCAACUUCCUCUGGAACGUCGACCGUAACUCGCGGCUGCAGGUUUCCAGCAUGGCUGAUAGCCGCCAUUUUCUCCGCUAUGUAUUUGUCACCUUCACCUCGUACAUCGCGCACCAGAUCAUGGUUAUGCAUAGUGGCCAGUAUCCAUCUCCGCCCGUCAUUGCUGCAUGGACGCUGAUCGGACUUCAACUUUCCUUGGAGACCGCUGAGCGACUCGUUUGGAGCGUUAUCGUAAGGAUACUUCUGAGCACGUUACUGGGUUGGGUUGACGCAUGGCAACGCAGGGACAAGCAUUUUGUAAUCUCUAGUGGUCCAACUAUUCUUUGGCGUGCGGAUCUGGCGUAUUUUUCUGCUCUGAAACAUUUCGGUCUCUCAUCUGUAUGCCGUGAAAGCCUUGAAGCCACAGAUAUCGCUGUGGCAGCAUCCCUCUCCAUUACGUUGCUUCGAAAGAAGCCCGGGAAGCAUGGUUCCCGCACGACGCACACUAUGAUCCAUACCUUGGUAGCGUACUGCGUGAACACCGGUCUUACAACUAGUCGGUACAAGACCCGUCCCAAUUACAACCCAAUUGGACAGGUUAUAACGCUGCAAGACCACUAUAUAUAUAUCUGCUUUUACUUCAUCAUCGGAGGCACUUAUAUUAACUCGCUUCUCGCAAAUCUCAACGGCCGGAGAGCAAUACGCGGUAGCUCCACUGACCAUAUACACAUGUCCGGCGAGAUCUCUUAUGCCCUCUCCACCCUCGAUCGUUCUGUGGAACUUGGACCCGCCCAGAGCUCGCCCGAUCCAUCCCAAAAAGGAGCUGGUCACGAGGAAGCACCCGAAGAUCCAUCUCCUGUUCGCGUGAAGUUUGACAGAGAGGAUAUCUCACUUUCGGAGGGAGGGACAACUCGCGAUACACGGUGGUUGAAUCCUGGCCGAGCACGGUCGUCAUCAUUUAUCAUCCGUACUGAGAUAGCCCUGUACACGCUCCGAAACAGCUACGCACCCACAGUGUCUUUUGAAAGAGACCUGUUCAAGCAUGGCUUUGUCCUGAGUAUUACGACAAUAGAUGCGGUGGAAUUUACCUGCGAUGAACUUCUCCGUGGCUCCAUUCCCUUGGAAGUGACGCCCACCGAACAUAAAGCAGGGACUUGUGGAAUGGACAUUCUCUCGCCCGAACAUUUCUUACUGUUCCUCAAUCACCAUCUGCUGUUCUGGCAUACAGAUGGUUCCUAUAACAACAUGCUCUACGUUACCACUGGCAGACGAAUUUGA